CGUAGGGCACGUCCAAGCGGCUGACUAGGUGAAGAAGUGAAGGCUGUGCAGCAGCAGCCCAGAAUUGAAGGAAAUGAAUUGAAACCCUGACAUUCACCAGUGGAGUUAGGCGGUGCUUGCUGGUAAGAGACUGCCGGGAUAGUGGAGGACCGCAAAUUGCCUCCCAAAGCUGUGGAAAGACUAGGUUGUGAUCCAGGUGUACAUCUGUGUGUGUGUUAACUGGGUUCGCUCACUCACUUUCUCUCUGGGCAGAAAUGAGCAGAGCUGCGCUCCUAUCUCUGAUCCUUGCCUUACUUAUCGGAACCUCCAGCCAAGAUGAAAAAGGGCAGGAACUGAAAGUGGAAGUCUUGCUGAAACCCGAAGGCUGUCCUGAGUUGUCGGCAUUUGGAGACACUCUUCACAUCCACUACACUGGGAAGCUGGAAGAUGGAACCUUGUUUGAUAAUUCUUUAAUCCGGGAUCCUCUGGUGGUUGAACUUGGCAAAAAGCAGGUUAUUCCAGGUUUGGAACAGGGUCUCCUUGAUAUGUGUGUUGGAGAGAAGAGGAAGUUAACAAUUCCAUCUAACCUUGCGUAUGGGAAACGAGGCUUUCCACCCACCAUUCCAGGAGAUUCUGUAUUGUUGUUUGAGACAGAGUUGAUUAGUUUGGUGAAGUCAACAUACUGGAAGAAAAUGAUGGACAAUGUAAUUCCAAUCACCUGCGUGCUCCUGGUCCCUGGACUUUUGUGUCUAAUAGGCUAUUAUCUCUAUCUAAAAGCAAAUGCGCCAAAAAUCUCCAAAAGGAAACUUAAAGAGGAGAAAAAGAGCAAAGCAAAAAAUAAAUAAUUUUUCUGCAAAA